AUGGCGUUGAAAAGUCCCAGGCUGAGGCACAGCAUAGAGUGCCACUAUUGGGACUACUCGUUUCACUGGACUGACCGCCACAGGUCGGCAGAUGAGCUGCGACCCAUGGCUUUCACUUAUGACGCUCUUGCCGAUGAGUGCGUGCAGAUCUUGAAUCAACUCCCUACGGAUGAUGAUUCGGAUAGGCCUUUCAAGAAGGAUCUGUAUGGCCUGCUGAGAGACCAUGUCGACAAAGACCCUAAGCUUCAAGAGCUAUGGACGCAGGUCAACACGGUCCCAGAAUGGGUCGAUUGGGAGCAAAUACAACGAGGACAGGAUACUUUUUUCCGAUACGGUGUUCCCAUCUUGAAUGUGCUCAGCUUUGAGAGCUUACUGGGUGGAAUGGGAGCAAUCCGGGUUGUUGAAACACUCGCGCGAACCGGUGGCUUCGGCGCCAAAGUCGUACGACGCCGACUUCUCGAAACCCUCCAGCAUGUCCUGCAAGUCAAUAGUUCAGCCGAGGGAAUGAAGCCAGGAGGAGAAGGAAACGUCUCAUCAGUACGCGUGCGACUUCUCCACUCAUCCGUCCGCCUGAGGAUCUUAGAGCUGGUGAAACAGAAGCCCGACUACUAUGAUAUCGACAAAUACGGAACACCGGUCAAUGAUUUAGACUGUAUCGGAACGAUUCACACUUUCUGUAGCUCAGUUGUAUACCUCGGGCUACCUCGACAGGGAAUCCAUCUCAGUCAACAUGAGAUCGAAGACUAUAUUGCGCUCUGGCGACUUGUUGCAUUUUACAUGGGCACACCGACAGAGUCUUUGGAAAAUCCCACUAAGGCACUGGCCAUGAUGGAAUCACUUUUGAUCUCUGAGAUUGAUCCAACUGAGACCGGAAAGAUUCUCGCGAAAAAUAUUAUUCUCGGUCUUGAGAACACGGCUCCAGCAUAUGCUUCCAAAGAAUUUAUGGAGGCACUGACUAGACUUUUGAACGGAGAUCAGCUCUCCGAUCAACUGGAGAUUCCACGAACGAGUCUUUACUACCGCUUCAUGAUAUGGGGUUAUUGUUUCUGGGUCGCGACCCUUUCCUCUAUCAUUCCCAAAAUACACUUUCUAGAUCGACUGAUGAUCAGUCUACGUCGCAAAAAUUUUUACAAGGUGAUUCUAGAUGAGAAGAUCGGUCUCGGCAAAGAGUCUCGCUUCGAAUUCAAGUACGUGCCCACUUUGACACGUACUACCCGUCUUGGAGAACGGCGCAGCACCAAGUAUGAGCGAGCUGGUGUUGAGACACUGGCCCGGUUAGGACUUAUUGCAGCCUUUACUGGAAUCUUGGCCUUGGGCAUGGGUUUGAUAUUUGCGGCACGAGUGCUGCCGACUAACCAGCUAUUCCAAGGCGGUCUAGCUUAG